UGUCCACACUCUUCCUAUCCGCGAGCGACCGGAAGGGCUCGAUAUCGCCAUGGCUUAUUGCUCCCUCUCAACCAUCGUCUCCUCGAGGUCUUCAACCCCGAUGGCUUCGUUCUCCCCAGCUGCUUCUCGUCCCUCGAAUUCCCGAUCCCUUCCGAAGAGCUUCCUGAGGUCGCCGACCAAGGGCUUCACUCCUUGCUCCAUCCGAUUUGCCUCUUCUAUGAGAUCUUCAUCAAGAAGAUUCGCAGCCAAGGCUUAUUUGGAGGGUGAUUUGCCAUUGGUUGGCAAUAAGUCUCCAGAUUUUGAAGCGGAAGCUGUUUUUGAUCAGGAGUUCAUUAAUGUUAAACUUUCUGACUACCUUGGGAAGAAAUAUGUUAUCCUGUUUUUCUAUCCACUUGACUUCACAUUCGUGUGUCCAACUGAGAUAACUGCUUUCAGUGAUCGCUACGCAGAAUUUGAAAACUUGAAUACAGAAAUCUUAGGUGUUUCAAUUGAUAGUGUGUUCUCCCAUCUUGCAUGGGUCCAGACAGACAGAAAAUCAGGGGGGCUGGGAGACCUGAAGUAUCCAUUGAUUUCUGAUGUUACUAAAUCAAUCUCAAAAUCUUAUGGGGUUCUGAUUCCGGAUCAGGGUAUUGCAUUGAGGGGACUUUUCAUCAUUGACAAGGAAGGAGUCAUUCAACAUUCAACCAUUAACAACCUUGCCAUUGGUAGGAGUGUAGAUGAAACCUUGAGGACCCUUCAGGCAUUGAAGUAUGUUCAGGAGAACCCAGAUGAAGUUUGCCCUGCUGGAUGGAAACCCGGAGAGAAGUCUAUGAAGCCAGAUCCUAAACUCAGCAAAGAGUAUUUUGCAGCCAUUUAGGAACGAUGUGAUUGCGAUCAAGUGUUAAAGAGUGGACAGAGUUUUGUUGCCCAGCCUUUUCUUAUAGUACUAGUGAUUUUUUACUUGUCGAGUUC